GUUGCCACGUGGCCGCCAACCGUCCUCCUCGUCCUCCCAUUGGAUCUGGGUUGCUUUAGUAAUCGUGCGUCCCACCACACCUCACCAACCCACCGGCUCUCUCUCUCACUCACCCACCACCCAACCUCCCCUCCCUUAGAUCUGAAUUUUCAAUUUUUUUAUUUCGUUACCUGCCGAAAUAUCCCUGCUACAUAAGAAUAUUUUAUCCCGGUAUAUAAAUUACGUCCGAAUUGGCUUAAUAUAGUGUUACUGUCCCUGAAACAUAGCCGCAAAAUCAUAAGCACCGGUACAGCGGUGUAGAGAGCGAAAGAGAUAAAGAAAGAGAGAGAGAGAGAGAGAGGAGAAAGCUCCUCUUCCUCUUCCUCUUCUCCUCGCUUUAUCUCUCCAUUGCUCCUCCUCUAUACUUACUCCUCUCUCUCUCUCUCUCUCUCUCUCUCUCUCUCUCUCUCUCUCUCUCCUUGUGUCGUACGUACUAUUUCGCGUUUAUCCGAUGGAGCGAGCACGACGCCUCGCGAGCCGGGCGAUCCUCCGCCGCCUGAUCACGGAGUCGAAGCAAUCCCAGCCGUCGGCUCUCCCCCCGGACCCGUGCGGGCUCCGCCGCGUCUCCACCCUCGCCCCCUCCUCCGCCGCCGCCGCCCGCCGCCGGCAGCAGCAGCAGCAGCAGCAGCAGCAGCAGAUCCGGUCGGUGUCGGUGGCGUCGCUCCGCCCCUCCGACACCUUCCCCCGCCGUCACAACUCGGCCUCCCCCUCCGACCAAUCCGCCAUGUCGGCGGCCUGCGGCUUCCCGUCCGUCGACGCGCUCAUCGACGCCACCGUGCCCGGCGCCAUCCGCGCCCCGCCCCUCCGCUUCGCCGGCGAGUUCGACGCCGGGCUCUCCGAGAGCCAGAUGGUCGACCACAUGCAGCGCCUCGCCUCCGCCAACAGGGUCUUCAAAUCGUUCCUCGGCAUGGGCUACUACGGCACCCACGUCCCCGCCGUGAUCCUCCGCAACAUCAUGGAGAACCCCGGGUGGUACACCCAGUACACCCCGUACCAAGCCGAGAUCGCCCAGGGUCGCCUCGAGUCCCUCCUCAACUACCAGACCAUGAUCUCCGACCUCACCGCGCUCCCCAUGUCCAACGCCUCCCUCCUCGACGAGGGCACCGCCGCCGCCGAGGCCAUGGCCAUGUGCAACAACAUUCAGAAGUCCAAGAAGAAGACGUUCCUCAUCGCCUCCAAUUGCCACCCCCAGACCAUCGACGUGUGCAGGACCCGCGCCGACGGGUUCGACCUCAAGGUCGUCGUCGCUGACGUGAAGGCCAUGGACUACAGCUCCGGGGACGUGUGCGGGAUGCUCGUGCAGUACCCCGGGACCGAGGGAGAGGUGCUGGACUACGCCGACUUCGUCCGCACCGCGCACGCGCACGGCGUCAAGGUGGUCAUGGCCACCGACCUGCUGGCGCUCACGGUGCUCAAGCCGCCCGGCGAGAUCGGGGCCGACAUCGUCGUCGGCUCCGCUCAGCGGUUCGGCGUGCCCAUGGGGUACGGCGGCCCGCACGCCGCGUUCCUCGCCACGUCGCAGGAGUACAAGCGGAUGAUGCCCGGGAGGAUCAUCGGCGUCAGCAUGGACUCGAUGGGGAAGCCCGCCCUGCGGAUGGCCAUGCAGACGAGGGAGCAGCACAUCAGGAGGGAUAAGGCCACCAGCAACAUCUGUACCGCACAGGCUUUGCUCGCGAAUAUGGCGGCGAUGUAUGCAGUAUAUCACGGUCCAGAAGGUCUCAAGACUAUUGCUGAGAGGGUUCAUGGUCUCGCCAGUACUUUUGCUCAUGGAUUGAAGAAGCUCGGGACUGUGACAGUGCAAGAUCUUCCCUUUUUUGAUACUGUUAAAGUUACUUGCUCUGAUGCAAAAGCAAUUGCUGAGGAGGCUUACAAGAAUGAAAUGAAUCUUCGUGUUGUUGACUCAAACACGAUUACUGUGGCUUUUGAUGAGACUACAACUCUGGAGGAUGUUGAUAAGUUAUUCAAAGUGUUCGCUGGUGGUAAGCCUGUGAAUUUCACAGCUGAAUCCCUUGCACCUGAAGUGGAGAGCAAAAUUCCCAGUGUUCUUGCAAGGGAGAGCCCAUAUUUGACGCAUCCAAUCUUUAACACGUACCACACGGAGCACGAGCUACUUCGCUAUCUCCACAAGUUACAAGGCAAAGAUCUUUCGUUAUGCCAUAGUAUGAUUCCUCUCGGUUCUUGUACGAUGAAAUUGAAUGCUACCGUGGAAAUGAUGCCUGUGACUUGGCCCAAUUUUGCAAACAUUCACCCAUUUGCCCCUGUUGAUCAGGCUCAGGGCUAUCAGGAAAUGUUCAACGAUUUGGGCGAGUUAUUGUGCAAAAUCACAGGAUUCGAUUCUUUCUCUUUGCAACCAAAUGCUGGUGCUGCUGGAGAAUAUGCAGGGCUCAUGGUUAUCCGUGCUUACCAUAUUUCAAGAGGAGACAGCCAUCGCAAUGUCUGCAUCAUACCUGUCUCAGCUCAUGGGACGAAUCCUGCUAGCGCAGCUAUGUGUGGGAUGAAGAUAGUUGCUGUAGGGACUGAUUCCAAGGGGAAUAUCAACAUAGAGGAGUUGAGAAAAGCCGCCGAAGCACACAAGGACAACUUAUCUGCUUUGAUGGUUACCUACCCUUCGACCCAUGGAGUCUAUGAAGAAGGGAUUGAUGAAAUAUGCAGGAUUAUUCAUGAGAACGGUGGGCAAGUCUACAUGGAUGGAGCUAACAUGAAUGCACAGGUCGGAUUAACCAGCCCAGGCUUUAUUGGAGCUGAUGUUUGCCAUCUUAACCUCCACAAGACAUUCUGCAUCCCCCAUGGUGGUGGUGGGCCCGGCAUGGGUCCUAUCGGUGUUAAGAAGCACUUGGCACCCUUCUUACCUUCUCAUCCUGUGGUUCCAACUGGCGGCAUACCUCCCCCAGAAAAAGCCCAACCACUCGGUACUAUUUCUGCAGCUCCUUGGGGAUCUGCACUCAUUUUGCCGAUCUCAUACACAUACAUUGCAAUGAUGGGUUCUAAGGGCCUUACUGAUGCUUCAAAGAUUGCUAUCCUGAAUGCAAAUUAUAUGGCAAAGCGCCUAGAGAACCAUUACCCUAUUCUUUUCCGGGGAGUCAAUGGAACUGUCGCCCAUGAGUUCAUCAUCGACUUAAGAGGGUUUAAGACUACUGCUGGUAUAGAACCUGAAGAUGUCGCAAAACGUCUUAUGGACUACGGCUUCCAUGCACCAACAAUGUCCUGGCCUGUUCCUGGCACACUUAUGGUUGAACCCACUGAGAGUGAAAGCAAGGCUGAACUGGACAGGUUUUGUGAUGCUCUCAUCUCCAUCAGGGAAGAAAUCACUCAGAUUGAGGCCGGCAAAGCCGAUAUACAUAACAAUGUCCUGAAGGGUGCUCCUCAUCCGCCGUCUCUGGUGAUGAGUGAUACAUGGACAAAGCCGUACUCAAGAGAGUAUGCUGCGUUCCCUGCGGCGUGGCUUCGUGGAGCUAAAUUCUGGCCCACCACAGGCCGUGUGGAUAACGUGUACGGAGAUCGCAACCUCGUCUGCACUCUUCUUCCCGUGUCACAAAUGGCUGAAGAAGCUGCAGCUGCUACUGCCUAAUUUAUGCAACAAUGCUUUUCCUGUCGGAAGGAAAGCCUUCUCUCAUCUCUCCCCUCUUGAAUGUAUAUAAGAACAACCUUUGGCAUCUCUCUCUCUCUCUCUCUCUCUCUCUCUCAUGAAUUUAUACCAAAGCUACUGAAAUUCAAUUGUACUCUAGAAAUUACAUUGCUGUCCUGCAACUUCAGCAAGAACAGUGUUUAUUAGAAAUUCUGUGUUUCUGUAAUUUAUGCAAAUGGUUUUUCAAGUUAAAUUCGCA